GUAACGACAAUACCAAAGAUCGCACACCUUCUACUCAAACUAACACCUAACAUAGUAGUACUACCAAAGUACCAACAACAAUAACAAUGUCCACAAAACAAAAAUUCCCAAAAACAAAAACGGGAAUAAUAAUCACUACGUUGUUAACUAAGCUGUAAACAACACCAAUGUUGUCCCAAUUCAAUUCAUUUAUUUAAACAUCCAUUAACCAACACUUUCUGAUCUCCACUUUUUAAAAAUUCUCUGUUUUUUGUGUUGUUUUAUAAUUAAUUUAUAAAAAUAAAAAAAUCAAAGAUGAAAGGGUUGGAGUUAUGGAUGAAAGAUCUAAUUGGAUCGAAACAACCCGAAAACAUAAUUGAGGGUUCUUCAUCUACAGAUUUUGUAAAGGGUGGAUUGUUUCUUGAAUCAGGUACAUUUGUUUCUUCUUCAUCAUCUAUAUCAUGUUUUGUUUCUAUACAAAAUAACAAUACUAGUAGUAGUAGUAGUAGAUCGGGUGGACUUGUUUCGUGUUCGUUGCGUCGAAAAAGGGGUCGUAGGGGACACGGUGGGGCCGGGUUUUUGUCGGUUACGUUGUCGGUUAAAGACGGUGGGGGUGAUGGGGGACAAGGGUUUGAAAUAGAGAAUGAAAAUGAAGAGAAAGAUGUAUUGGUGGAAAAGAAAGUGGGUGCUUUUAAUACUACUAAGCAUCUUUGGGCUGGUGCUGUUGCUGCUAUGGUCUCAAGAACUUUUGUUGCGCCACUUGAGAGACUGAAGCUGGAAUAUAUGGUUCGUGGGGAACAGAAACAUCUUGUUGACCUUAUCCAAUCGAUUGCGGCCUCUCAAGGGAUUAAAGGAUUUUGGAAAGGAAAUUUUGUGAAUAUUCUUAGAACGGCCCCAUUUAAGGCCAUCAAUUUCUAUGCUUAUGAUAAAUACAGAAGUGAAUUGCUGAAGCUAACUGGAAACAAGGAAACUACUAACUAUGAAAGAUUUAUUGCUGGUGCUGCUGCCGGAAUUACGGCUACUAUACUCUGCAUACCCAUGGACACUAUUAGAACAAAAAUGGUGGCACCUGGUGGAGAAGCCUUGGGAGGUGUUAUUGGUGCUUUUCGCCACAUGAUCCAAACUGAGGGAUUUUUUUCAUUAUACAAAGGCUUACUACCUUCAAUAAUAAGCAUGGCACCUUCAGGGGCAGUAUUUUAUGGAGUUUAUGAUAUAUUAAAGUCAAAUUAUCUGCAUUCAGCCGGAGGAAUAAAGAGACUUCAACAUAUGAAGGAUGCUGAGCAGGAACUAAAUGCUUUUGAGCAAAUGGAACUGGGUACCGUUAGAACACUAAUAUAUGGGGCGAUUGCAGGAUGUUGUGCUGAAGCUGCUACAUACCCGUUUGAAGUUGUUAGAAGACAACUUCAAAUGCAAGUUCGUGCCACAAAAAUGAGUGCAGGGGCGACUUUUUUGAAGAUAGUUGAGCAAGGUGGCGUCCCUGCUCUGUAUGCAGGAUUGACUCCAAGUUUAUUACAGGUGCUACCAUCGGCUGCAAUAAGUUACUUUGUUUAUGAGCUCAUGAAGAUAGUUCUUAAAGUUGAACCGGAAUAAGGCACACCUGGUUCUCCAACUUUAAAAUAGUUUUGCACCCGUAAAGAACUUUUCGCUAGGAAUACUAACGUGUCAGUGUCCAUGAUCAUAGAAACUUUUGUAUGAAACUUUACAAAUUUGAGCAAAAAUAUCGGAAUAGCUAGUAAACAUGUUAGUCGUGA